AAAUUCCGGACAGCACCUCGAGUCAGAGAAAGGUCAUACCAGGUAAUCCCGGCAUCGUAACAAUAUUUCCACCAACGCUCGCUCAGCGUGGGUAUAUACGUGCUGAACUAUCAGCGAGGACGAUGCCUCCGAAAACGAAAGGUAAGGAGGGUAUGCUCGCCGCGGCGUUGUGGAGCGAAGCGCUCAUGUUCGUGUAUGUACGUCAACAGACCAAGGAGCGCAUGCUGGAGAAAGACAUGUGGAUUGGACUGCUGCAGUGCAAAGAGAAGCUAAGAAUGGAGGUUGGUGACCAACAUAUUCGCAGCAGGAGUGGUGGGUGUGGACGUUGACUUGGUCGAGACAUCAAAGAUCAUGGAGUGCAGCAUCAUCGUAUUA